CCGGCCCUCGCGGACGCUUCUUAUUGGUAGACUGCAACAGUUACAUCACGGCGCUCGUGACGCGUACGUCUUCCUGUUUCCUUCAGCCGCGUCUUAAAGUGAAUCUUAGUGGCGGAGGAGCGCUCCAGCAGCAUCCAGUCCUCCGCUCUGCAUCCAGCGCGCCUCAGAGACGCACACACGCACCGCUUCUCUCCCUCUCUCUCCAUCUCCCCUUCUCUCUCUCUCUUCUAUUCUCUCAAGGUCUCUCACUCUUUCGAUCACAGCAGAGGAUAGAAGGAGAGACGGACGCGCAAGAGCCCGUUUUCCUGUUUUCUUUUGAUUCUUUUGUAUCUUUUAGUUCGCUUGUUUUACUUUAUUCCUGCUCUUCCUUCCCUCAAAUACUGUUCCAUCCUUUCCACAAAACAGUCCGUGGCGCUUUUCUCCCCUUCACCACCGCAAGAGUUCAGGUUGUAUCCCCAAAAAAUCUUCAUCUGGACUGAUACUCAGAGGCUUUGACCCUAGAGGACUGGGUUUGUGGGAUAUGGCCCAAUAGCAGCAGCCCGUGAUGCCGGACCAUGACAGCGACUCCCUCCUGAACAGACAGACCAAGCGAAGACGAGUGGACAUUGGUGUCAAGAGGACAGUGGGUAGCACAGCCUCUUCCACAUCAGCAGUAACUACCGAUAACAUCGCUCGCGCCAAAGCAGCAAUUUUUAGUGCCAUGAACUCUCUGAGCUCCCAUUCUCACCACGGAUCAGACAACGACUCCAUGGAGUGCUCUGUAGUGCAGCCACAUGGUGGGCCUGGCGUUGUGUCAGCCAGCGAUAGUGAGUCCAAAUCAAAUGUUCUUCGAAAGCUACUGAAGAGGGCCAACUCAUAUGAGGAUGCCAUGAUGCCCUUCCCUGGCACCACCAUUAUCUCUCAGCUUCUCAAGAAUAACAUUGCAAAAAAUGGAGGAGGGCCUGAGAGAGGAGAUAGAGGAGAUAGGGGGGAUAGGGUCGACUCAGGCUUCCCCGGAUCAGGGCUCUCUAAUGCUAGCUCUGAUGCCCCGCAGGAAGAUGCAUGCAGUAACUCCUCCCAGGACAGCACCCCUCAAGAGUGCUUGUCACCAUUUGGUCGCCCUCCUGGCCUUGCCACCUUUGACAUUGAACGUCUCAAUGAUGAGCACCUCCGUGCCAAACGGGCCCGUGUAGAGAACAUUAUACGUGGAAUGAGCCACUCACCAAGUGUGGUGGUGCCUGCUGCUUCCCGUCAUGAGCGAGAUCAUGAGAUGGAUGGAGAGCGGGAUCUGGAACUGGAUUGUCCACCUCCUCAGUCCCAACAACAAGCCCCAAGCAGUCCACGGGGAGGGGAAAUGUGCAGCAGCCGAGAGAACAAGCGCAAACAACGGCUGCCUCAGCAGCAACAGCAAAGCUUCACUCAGUUGGUGUGUCAGAGAAAAGAACAGAAACAGGAGGAGCGACGGCAACUCAAGCUGCAGCUGGAGGACAUGCAAAAGCAACUACGGCAACUCCAGGAGAAGUUCUUUCAGAUCUAUGACUCCACUGAUGACUCAGAGCACACUGACCUUCACAACGACAUAGGAAACAUGUCGGAGGACAGCCCAGGCAGGUCGGACACCGGUGGAGAUGAACGGGGUGGAGAUGAUUUACGUUCUGACAAUGAGAUGGCUGAUUUGGACCCAGGCCAUUUCCUUGACAGGGCACGGGCUUUGCUUCAAGAGCAGGCCCUAUUGGCCGACAGUGAGAAGCCAAGAAGAGAUGGGCUUGGCCGAAACAAAGGACAGGGAGGUCCAGGCUCCUCCAUGCAUGCUGAAGGUAAACAGCUAGCAGAAACACUGAAGCAAGAGCUCAACUCAGCCAUGACCCAGGUGGUUGACACAGUUGUAAAGGUAUUUGCUAAACCUCCUCGUCCUACUCCUCAGCAGGCCUUCCCUUCACUUUCUAUUCCCCCUGAAAGAUUUCCUGCUGCUGUCAAUGGAGACAACCCAAACUUCCACACCGCCAACCAGAGGCUUCAGUGCUUCGGUGAUGUCAUCAUUCCUAAUCCACUAGACUCCUUUGCUAGCAUGUCUGGUAUUCCAGGUACCACCCAUGACCAAACCGAGGCACUGCCCUUAGUAGUACGUAAGACACCUAGUGAGCACCACCAUCAGUCUUCAGCCGUGGGUGCCCAUGGUGGUAACCACCAUCCAGCUCUCCAUCCAUCAUCUCUCUCUGCCUCGAUGGGCUUCAGCCCCCCCUCCUUUCGACAUCCCUUUCCUCUGCCACUCAUGGGCUACCCUUUCCAGACUCCCAUUGGCCCACCCACAGCUUAUCCCGGCAAGGACCAUACUUCACCAGACUCCAUGGACCUGCCCAGGGAAACGACCGGUUUGAGAACAAAGAUGUCAUCAGGUCACCACCUGGGGCACCACCAUCGCUCUUGUUCACCAGCACACCCUGGCAGCACAGCUGAGAGUCUCUCCUUAUCCCUGAUCAAGUCAGAGUGCAGUGACCUCCAGGACAUGGCUGACAUCUCACCUUACUCAGGCAGCAAUAUCCAGGAGGGCCUUUCCCCUAAUCAUCUCAAGAAGGCCAAGCUAAUGUUUUUCUACACCCGCUACCCAAGCUCUAACAUGCUAAAGAUGUUUUUCUCUGAUGUUAAGUUUAACCGCUGCAUCACCUCCCAGCUGAUCAAAUGGUUUAGCAACUUCAGGGAGUUCUACUACAUCCAGAUGGAGAAAUUUGCCCGGCAGGCCAUCAACGAUGGUGUCACUGGAGCCGAGGAGCUGAGCGUCAGCCGAGACUGCGAGCUCUUCCGAGCCCUAAACAUGCACUACAACAAGGCUAACGACUUUGAGGUCCCCGAUCGCUUCCUGGAAGUGGCCGAGAUUACACUGCGGGAGUUCUUCAAUGCCAUUGUGGCCGGCAAAGAUGUGGACCCAUCUUGGAAAAAGGCCAUCUACAAGGUCAUCUGCAAACUGGACAGCGAGGUCCCAGAGAUCUUCAAGUCCCCAAACUGUCUUCAAGAGCUUCUACAUGAGUAAAUUUCCUCCGACACCAACUCUGCUCAUCUCUUUGCGCUUCUUUUGUUCGUUGACUUUGAUUUAAUUGAGUUUUAAAAUAAUUUCCCCCUAGUUCUAUUUUUUUUUUUUCCGACUAACUAUUUGAUUUUUCUGUUCUCUUAUUAUUAUUUUUGAAUGUAUAAAAGUUAUGGAGUAGCAUUCCCAAUCUAAAGCCUCUGUGGCACUUCCUAAAUGAUCUAGGUAUUGUGUUGUUGUUUAUAUAUUAUUAUGGUUACUAUAUGUUUCAUUUUUCUAACAUUCUGAAGUGGAAAGACUUUUAUUAUUGGGUGUUUUGGACUGUGUGAGACCCUCACCUGUUUGGCCCAUUUUAUGAACAAUGCUACCUGAGUGUGUGGAGUUGCUUUCCAUUUAUGCUACAAGUGCAGGCAAGGUAUACUGAGAAACUUUACCCCUAAAAUUUUGGGGGCCGCCUGUUCCCUGCUUAAUGCAAAAUGGACGUCCGUUAGACUUUGCUUUAUAAGAUGUCACCAAGAGGACACACACAUGCACACAAAAUCGAGGCCUAGCGUUGUUAUGGACUAAAACUGGACUCGUGUUACUUUUCAGCACUGGUCUGCAGGAUUUGGACUGGUCUCAAAGGACUAUUGAGUUAACUUUUUGAAGUGUAUUUUCCCUGAAAAGCAGGGGAUUGUGUUUAUUGGGUGUACAAUAUUAUUUUGAUUAAUAUUCUUAUUGUUGUUUAUGAUUAUUUGUCGUUUCUGCUUGCUGAAGAUUGGCACCUCAAGAUAUGUUUGUCCCUUGAUGCCGUUGCAGAAAAUAAUAAAUUAUUAUUAUUGAUAUUA